CUCGAUGGAAAUCGAUCAGGGCUCCACGCCCGACGACAUGGAGAAACUGGAGUGGGACGAGUUCGAGCCGACCACCAGUAGUGGCGCGGAGAUACGCCAGUCGGAGCAGACGUCGGAAGACGAUUCCCUAUACUAUUACUAUGCCAAGACCUUUGAGAAUACGGGCGAGUUUCUCGCGCACAGUCAGUUAGAGUGCUGUGCGAGUUGUCGGGCACAGGAUCCGCAUCUAUUCGACUCGGAUAUGAUGACGCCAUUGCAUUAUGCUGCCGCCUGGGGACAUGCGGACUGCGUUCGCAUCCUGUUGGAGCACAACGCCCCCAUCAAUGUGGUCAAUAGUGUGGGCUAUACGCCGCUCCAUGUGGGCGCAGGGUCGGUGGAGGUGGUGCGACUGCUGAUCAAGCACGGCGCUCUCAUAAAUGCCAAGACCCUGUCCGAUGGCAAGACGGCACUCCAUUUGGCCAUCGAGUCGCGCUGCCAGGAGGCGGCUCACGUUAUCCUGCAGACGAAUGUGAAUAUCAACGAAACGGAUGAUGACAACGAAACGCCCCUGAUGACGGCCAUCGUCUGCGGUCUACUGCCGCUGGCCAAGGAACUGAUCGAGCGCGGAGCCAGGCUCAAUCUGCAGGACAAGCUCGAUCGCACCGCUCUCUAUUAUGCCGUGGUGGGCCGUCAUCUGGGCAUUGCCCAAAUGCUUUUGGAGCGGGGAGCGCGACGUUUGACGGCCCAACAUUUGCUGCAUCGUUGCGUCCGCUAUAAUGAUCGACCGCUGGUGGAGCUGCUCAUCCGUUAUGGCGACGGGCUGUGCGUACGGGACGAGGACAACCACACGCCGAUUCUGGUGGCUAUCCAUCAGCAGCUACCUGGCAUGUUAUCCUAUCUGCUGGACGUGGCUGAGCAGCACAAACAACAGGGUAUUUACAGCGACUGCCAGGAGCAGGGUCUCCUGCUCUUUGCUGUCCAAAACAUCGUAGAUGUGAAGUCCUUCCAGGCUGUGUUGCGCGUUCUGCUGGCCAAGCUGGAGAGUGCGCGUCGGGAUCUUUACAGCUCGUAUGCGCCCACCAUAGUUUGUGGUCUCAUCUACUGCCAGACUCCUCUGUCGCGUGCCAUAAACUUGCAACACCUCGACAUUGCUGAGCUGCUUAUACAGGAGGGCUGCAACCUCGCCCAAAUAUGUCGGGAGCAUGUGGUGAACGAGCUCCGAUCCAAUUGCUCACCGCGCAGUCUGGCCUUCGGACGACUACUACACCAUGCCGGCUUCAAGUUUCCGCACAAACAACGGGCCAGUCCCUGCAGCUGGUCCCGGCAGAGGCUGCAGUUCGAGCAGCAGAUGUCCCAGCUGGGAUCGCAGCCGCAGACUCUGCAAUCGCUGGCCAGACAGAGCAUUCGGCAGCGGUUGUUGUUGCAACUGCAGCGGCGACCGGAACUGCAGCGGAAGUAUCGGCCGACGGGGGAGCAGUCGACUUUGGCGCUGAUUGUGAACGAGCUGUGUAUACCGGCGGUGUUGAAGGGGUAUCUGAGCCACUACGCUGAUCUGCCGGCAGUGAAGGACAUCGAGGAGGAGGUGAACGGCAGAUCGCUUUGGGAUAUGGGAAUGUAGACUCUUUAAUUGUAGCGUUGUAAUUCAAAGA